ACGCUGCUUCGGAAAUGGGCUGCUCCUCAGGUAGACAGCCCCCUGCGCCGGUUCUUCACCCCGACUUGGACUACGGCAACGGCAGCGAAACAAACACGCUUCCACAAGACUCAGAGAAUCAAGGUUUGAACGGUUUGAGGGCAGAUGCGGAGGACGACAGAAGUACAGAGAGGGAAGAGAUAAGUUUACCGCAAUCUUUACCGACUCUCGAAAGAUUGGCGCAAGCGACCGGCGGUACGGAGAAGUCGUGGUACCGUUGCGUGUUCCCGUUCGGCGUGAUUUCGUUGGUGAUCGGGAUGGCGGGCACGGGGGUGACGUUCAAGUUCAACACGCUCCUCCAGACUAAAGUGGUGUCAGUCGCAUUGUUGUGCGUCGGCGCGGUGAUGCUGCUCGUGGCUGCCGUGUGUUGGCGGGCACACAGACUGAGAAGGAGGAAAAAGAAGGAGGGGGGAUUCUUCACCGCGGACCAGGGCACUUUGUGA